AUGUCUCAACACGACCAUCUGUUGAAACAGCUUUGCGGCUCGAGUGUCGAAACGCUCGAGAGAGCAAGAGAGCUACUUUAUACAUCCACUGUUAAGACUGCUCCGGGCUCUGGAUUUCAACUCAAAGAUCCAUUAGGAAGGCCAGCUGCUUGUGCUCUAAUUGCAUCGGAACAGCUGAAGAACACAGUUGUUGAUCCUGCAAGUGCUCAAGGCAACUCCUGUUUAAACCCAACAGCAUUUAGAAAAUGCCUCGCCGAAGUCAGGGCAGCUCUCGCUCACGACGCGUCAAAUCAGCCAAUUACUCCCACUCAACGAAGACAAACACGAUCCGUGUCUACCUCCAGAGUCUCUUACGAUUCCCUCGUUGCAAGAUACGCGCUUUCACAAACUUACGGUGACCGCUUUGUUGGCUGGUGUCAGCGGGCUGAGUUUGCAUUUUUCGACCUUGGAAAGGGUAACAAUAUCGCUCGAGAUAGCCCCAAACUUAAGUACGGUAUAUUCUUCUGGGUAUGUGGGAUCUUGGAGCCCGGUCAAUUGGAUCUGCUGUCUUUCGUAAAAGACAGCGGACCUUAUUCAGACAAUACGCGAAGCAUCUCCAAAGUCAUGGACGUUUAUGGCACCAAAAUUCGAACAUUGAUAAUGGAAGAGAGUAGACGUCCAAAUGAUGCUGUUAUCAGGCGAAGCUCUACGCGCAUUUCUCCUGGAAAGCGAAUGACGAGAGAAGCCCCUAGCAAGGAUUCUCCCAAGAAGCAGAAGCUCUCUACUGAGGAUGAUACAAAAGUAACCACUUCGCACAAGCAGCCAAAUACGCUAUUUCAGGCUUUCGGUCCUCCCACGGGCAUGUUCCCACCUUCUAUAUCACCCAGAAAAUCACCCUUGAAGCCCGCAUUUCAGAAACUUCUAACAAGAGAUCACGCCCAAGAUAAAGCCAUUACACAAGAUUCGGACGUGGAAAUGUCGCUGCCACAAACACCAUCCAAAACGACUCAUCGAGCCACCUCCAGUGGAGGAAUUCCUCACAUACCCGCAACACCACCUUUCCCCAUGCGCCGUUCUGAUCGCCUCAACUCGACAACUGUAUCGCCUUCUAAAAGCGGCACCUUGGAUCCAGAAAAAUCUCUGGAUAGUGCUGACAAUUUGCCCACUGUCCGAAAACGUUUCCGCCCCGUCUUUUUAGAUCGAAAGCAGUGGGGUGCUCAAGAUCCAACCCUUUAUAGACUGAAUAGAAGGAUAGAGCAGGUUGCACUUGUUUAA